UCGGGUGUGCAUCGCAUCCCAUCCCCGCCCUGCCCGCAAUGGAGCCUCUGCCUGCCGCCGCCUAUGGGAAGCUGGACCAGAAAAAUCCCGUUGUGUUGGCACUGGAGCAGGAGCUGAACGACUUCAAGAACACCAUGGCGAAGGCGGUGUCCGCUGACACUUUCACCAGGGGAGCCAAUGAUCUGUUUUGCAUCUGGAACAAAUAUGAAAAAAUGUUACCAGUUCACUAUUUUGAAGAAAAAUUGCUGAUGGUUGGAGAUUUUCUUGUGCAGCUAAAGCAAUAUAACUUGGCCGCAUGCCAAUGUUAUGGACGAUACCUGCAGAAAUUUGGUUCCUUCCGGAUGGAUGAUAUCACAGACAUAGAGAAGUUUAAAGUCAUGUUCUUUGUAAAUGGACUUGAAGUGGAUAAUUCCAGCUUUAUGUUUCAUGCGCUGCAAAUGUACAGUGUUUGCUGUUACCAAAUGGUGAAAAAAGUUGAUCUAAAACUAUUGAAUCUGGAGUCAAGAAAGAAGUGCAGGAGUAUUCUUAAUUUCCUUCGACUUAUUAUGCAAGUUGCCUUGCCUAAAGAACAUCUUUUCUGGAUCAUUUUCAAUGGUACAACUUACAUUUAUACCAUCUGUAGACAUUUAAUGGUUUUAGCAUUCUAUGCUCAGGCUUUUGAAUAUGUACUGUGGGCCAGCAUCAGCAUGGAAUCAUCUGCCCCACUUUUGACAGUUCGUUAUCUUAGCUGGAGAGCCACACUUUAUACAGCUGUGUGUCAGUGUUACUAUGACUGUGACUCUGGCAUACUUGGAGAGACAUUCGCUCGCCGUGCUUUAGGGAAGAUCAGUGAAUUGAACCGUCUGGAAAUAAUGAGCUCAUCUCCUCCAAGUCCUGAAACUACUAAAAUCUUUAGGGAGGCCACUAUCAAGGUAUCUGUAAUGAUCUUCAAAAGAGCAGUUUUUGAAAGUAGAAGAAAACCAAAAGGAAUUUUGCGACCUAAGUUGAAAACUAACUACAGAGAUACUCACAAUCAACCCUGGCCACACAAUCCCACAGAAUUUUUAUUGGUGGAAAUGUUUAAUGGCAGUGCAGCCCAGUUUCUUGCUAUUUCAGAAGCUUUGUCAGGUGGUAAUCGUCGUGUUCUGCAAACUAAGCCUCCUGUUCCAGCUGAGCAGGAGGUACUUGAUGUGACAAUGGAACUUUUCCUGGCAGGCUUGCUACUCAUUUCAGGUGGUGGUGGUAAUACUCAUCUCAAUUCCAGUGCUUGUACUGAUCCAGUUGGUGGAGUAAAGCCAACAAGUUCCCUCAUGGAGCUUGCAGCUAAUGGUGAAGAUGGAGUGUCCAUAGAAGCUACUGUGAGAUUUGCUAAAGCUGCAUUCUGUUUUGAGUACUUGGAUAUGUUUGAUACUAUCAUUGCACCACUUCUUAUUUUCCUAAGGAAACACAAUAAUCUGGCUUGGAAGAGUUUUGAAUUGGAUUUGGAUUUACUGGUUGCCAUGGAGCCAUUUGUUUCAUCUCACAAGUCCAAGCAUGGUCUUCCUAUAGGAGAAAACUGUGCAAUAGGAGGAUUACUUCACCCUGGUGCAGCUACUAAUUUGUGUGAUGACCUAGUGGUACUGGCAGAAACAAUGUUUGUGUAUACCUGUACUCCAUUUCAGGGUAAUGGCCCAGAUAUAGACAUGGUUGUGGAUGCCCUCCUUUUCCUGUGGCAGAAAUGCAAGGCUGUUUUGCAGAGGGACAUCUAUAAGGCGAGUGGUUCCAUUAAGUAUCUAAAGAAGAUAGAUGGCUUUGAGAAGUGGAUCCAUAUCCUGUACAUUCUUCAUGAAGUAGCUCACUGGUGCAACAUAGGGCACGUUGACCCUGUGCUGAUGGUGGAUAUCGUACUGUACUCAGCAGGAGCGUUGGAAAACCUGGCCGAUUCAAGUAUGAAAUCCAAGAAAAAUUCAGGUAUACUAGCCGACAGAUCUGAUACAGCAACGUCUACGCAAACGCCAACAUCCAUACAAACAGAAUUCUGUAGUCCCACUAAUUUAUUAAUGAAACAUGCAUCUGAUCAACUUGUUAUUGCAAGUAAAAUGCUGGAGAAGGGAAUAGAUAACAUAGCUGCUGCUCGCUCAGCAGCUGUUUCACCUGAUGGAAGUCUGUUGAUUGACAAUAAUCUUUUAAAUGAACUUACUCAGGAGGCAGCCUGUGAAUCAGAUCCACAAAAACAAGAAGAAAUACAAAAGGGAGAUUCUUAUAGAGCAAGAACAAUGCAGAGUCUUAUCAUGGAUUUGCACCUGGAGCUUUAUCAGGUUUAUUACAGAGUGGCAUUUAAACUGCUAAAAAUAAAUCUUGAUUUACUGAAUUCCAAAAGUGGUGGUCAGGGAACCAGUAGUACUGGAUCAACAGAAGCAGACAUCAUUAAGAAGGUGAAGAAGAACAAGGUGUUGAAGGCACUAUUUCUAAUUCAAAAAGUGUUGUCGUUACAUAGUAAAGAAGAUGACUAUGCCUUGCAAAAAAGUCUUUUUGAGGAAGCUGUUACUCUUCUACGGAAAGCUGAAGCUGAGGAGAAGAAACUAUAUUUGUUAAAUACACAAAAGGAUUCUUCUGAUAACACGGAGUUUGAUGUUGCACCAGCCCCCAUCCUGGUGUCCAGGACACACAAUUCUAUGAUAUUCAAGCCAGCUCCUUUUGCUUCAUCUGAAAAGGUUUCUUGGUAUCGAAUAUUUGGUCGUAGUGCAACAGGAUCCAUUCUCAAAGUCAGGCUGAAGGAUUUCCACCUUCAGGGUACAGGACGAGAGGUACCAGCCUUUGAAGAUUGUUCACUGGAGGUAAAAGGACUUGAACCUAAUGAAAAGUACAUUUUUGCUGUUGCUGCUUAUUCAAAAGAUGGAAAAAUCAUUGGAAAAGGAAUUGGGCAGACAACAAAGCCAAUUCUAGCGUAUCAUCCGCUUUCUAUUUUUACAACAUGGACCUAUCUUUGUCAGACAGCAUAUCAAUUGGGCCAUUAUCCAGUCGCAAAGGCAGCUUUCUCAGUGCUGUGGGAUCACUUUGUCUCAGAAGCAUCUCCACCUCCUCCAGAUACAUGGAAUACUUUGAACAAAACUGAAUGGUACAUCACUCAGAAAAGAUUAAAUAAUUUUGCUGUAUCUUUGGCAUCUCCCAUUCUUCUACAAAAUUUUCUGGGAAAUAUCUUCAUUGAAUCUGAUAUUAAUUGCAAGGAAGGAGCUACUUUCUGUGACUCUGUCUGUGAUGGUGGACCACUCUACAAUGGACAACUGGGUAGACUGGUGAAAUGUGAAAGGAUGCUGGUAGCCAUUGAUCUUGCUGGUUGGAUCAACGAUGCUAAUCAAGCACUGCAGGCUGUUGCCCACUGUUAUGGACUUCUUGCACCCAUCAUCUUUCACAGGAUUUCUUCAGUCCCAGUUGUGCAGGUUCUCACAAAAUGCCUGUGUGUCCUGCAAGAUGUUGGUGUUCUCAAACUGAGGAAACAAUGUGGAGUAACUGAAAGUGUGCAGCACAUGAUUGGUUGUCUCACAUAUUAUUUGGCAAAGGCAUUACGAUGUUGGAAAGAAAAUGAUCUUGCAGUAGAAGUCGCAGCAAUUGGAAAACAGAUUCUGCUUUCAACACUUCACAUCACUACUGUGGAACCAAAAGCACUAGGAAACGUGGAAGAUGUUGGACCAGUAAAAGAACUAAAUAACAAAUUGGAAAACACGGCUUGUAGGGAGAAGUUAGCAAUUCACAACUCUUUAGAACAACGGGUGAAGGCAAUGAACGAAGGCUUGACUAAUCUGACGAAAGAAGUAAAGGCAGAAGAAUUGACAGAGAUCGGAUCCUCUACAGCACUUUUCAUAGCUGUUUCAUUUGGAUCAAUAAAUGGUGCUUAUCGCAAAGUAAUGCAGCUGAAAGGUCAAGAUCGAUUCCUGGAAUUCUUCGUCAUACUGAUGCAUAGGUUAAUACGCGAAGAGAAUUUUAAACCAGUUUCAAGGUGGGCGAAUGAAGUUGUAGCAUAUAUAAAAAAGCGGAACAGAUAUCUCCUUGGCAUAAAAAAAUCUGAGAAGAAAGCAUCCAAAUUGCUGAAAAACACAGUGGUUGUGGUGGAGUAUCAUAAUACACCCAUGCCCAAGAAAACAAGAAAAGACAAAUUAAAGUUGAAGGAACUUCUGGAUGACAUUCUCAAUAACCCAGUCCUUAAAAUGGACCCAUCAGCACAAAGGAAACAGAAGGAUAGGUUGGAAAAGAAGGCCAGAGAAAUUUUCCGAACACAGCUCAGACCAUUUGUGCAUAAUUACCUGCAACGCAAAAGAUUCAGUCAAUUUUGUAUGAAUGAAAUGCCAUGGCACAGUCAGCUGCACAUGCUAUUGGGAAUUAUGCACUUUAAUUCAUUCAUGAAGUGCUAUGAAGAAGAAGGUUGGAAAUCAAAGACUAUUAGCAGAUACUCCUUUCUGGACCCUGACAUUUUUACCCUUCAUAACUCUGGUGCUCUACUUGUUGACGCAGAGCGUGGUGAUUCUGAAACAUCGUUCGAAUUUCAACUGUAUACAGACAGAACAAAGGAAGAAUCAUCAGAUUUAACAUCAGGUGAUAGUAUCUCUGAAAGCUCUGAAAGUGAGUUGUCAAUGUCAGCAAUUCAAAUGAAGGAAGAAUCUGUGCUCACUAGCGAAGAAGCAGGCAUGCCGAGCAGUUCUACCAACUUCAUUAUAGACCAAUUGAGCAAAGCAUUCUUGCACUUCAGAAGAGCAGUGGUGCUUGCACACCGUGGAGGACAUUGGACAAUUCUGCAGAAUGCCUGUCAACUUCUUUGGAACUGUGCACAUAUUGCAAUGAUGUACAUCACUGGAAUGGACUCAGCAAAAGAAGGCGUUUUAAGCUCAGACAAUGUCAAACUGAUCCUCUGUCUACCAUUUAACUUAGCUGCACAGAAUCUCCUUGAUAUGAUAUUGCAUCUACAGAAUAGCAGUAAUUUUGUUCAGUUUAUUGAUUCAGAUGGCAUCUUCAAUGUCCCAAGCUGCGUGAGACCCUUAUCAAAUGAUAAAGGUGGAUUUAAUCUGACAUUUGAACACCCGUUUGAUGAUGUGAACAUAGUUGAUUUACACUGGGUGGUUGCUGUGGUAUUAUACACUUUAGAACUGCUAUGCAAUCAACAGAAGUGGGAAUCGUUAGUUCACUUGGCCAUCUACUUCAACAUUGUUACACAUGAAAGGUACACUCAGAAAGUCACUCCCCUCCUGGUUUACGCCCAAGGCCAGCUUCAGACAAGGAUCAGAGAGAACAAUGGUCCUUCUCCUCCUCAGCCUCAUUUUGUUAAGGCUGCACUUGACUCAGGAAAUAAUAUAAAUUGCAGGAAUUUUAUAGAACACCAGUUGACAGUUGCAACUUCUGUACAACCAGAAGGCAUGGGUGACCCUGAUCUGAAGGAUGCUGGCUCAGCCAUUAAUUUAGGAGGGAAAAGAGCAAAUGCGUUGAUAUCAGUACCAGUCGAUGUGAUGGAUACACUCCGGUGCUUUAGGGAAACUUUUUUCAAUGCAAGUUAUGUCAGUUCUGCACUCAGGCACAGCAGAAAGCUCCAUGCAUUACUCCUGGCUUACACACAGCAAAGGCGGAGAGACAUUCUGAGACAAAGAUCAGGAAAAGUUGACUUCAGUUCAACACCAACUCACAUUGAACAUUCCAUGCCUACUGAUCUGACCAAUGAAGAUUUUCGUUUGUUUGUUAAUGUUCUGAGUAAGCCACUGCCGUGGUCACAGGUGUCACUUGUGAUUUUAUCAUAUGACAACACCAUUGAGUUGCUUCGAGCAAAUGGCCAGAACAGUUUGUGUGCACAGGCCCUUCAUGAACAAGGAAACCUUCAUUUCUGUAAAGCUGGGAAGAGGCACGCUUUCAGAUGUUGGUCUCAAGCAAUUGAUAUGGCCUUGAAUGUGACUGACUUUAUAAAUAACUGGCAAGACAUGGAAAGCAGCAGCAUUUCAUUUAAGCAUUCCAAAGAUUUUAGUGAAGCCCUGCUCGCUCGAGCUGGUGUCUGGGGCUGUCUACUGGCUGGAGUCUUAACUGCAAAAAUAGCUCAGUUUAUUACGUUAUCGGACUUCAAAUUCAAAAUCAAUUGCUGUAUCUUAUCAAGCUUUUUCUUUAAGGGACUGUUCAGGGCCUCUUUUCCACACCCAAGAACUGACCGUGAAUAUGCAUCAUAUGAAAUAGGAUUUGACUGUGAUGUUCUUGAACUCAUUCCUGGGGUUGACCUUUUCUCAGACCGGUUCAGAGCUGAUAUACGGACAGUGGUGGGAAGUCUGAACUUUUUGCUCCAUGAACUACAUGCGGCAAGGCAAAACCUAUUGGCCUUACCUCUGUUCACGCUGUACCAGUACUUUGUUAAUUCAAUCUGUCAUGAUGUGCAGAAGAGUGUUGAAGCAAGAAUAUUGAAGAUGAGAGCUUUGGCAGACUUAGGGCUUUUUGCAGAAGCUUUUGCUGAACAUCAUGUCUUGAUUAAUGGUGAAAAGAUUCCACAUUUACUUUUGGGUGGUUUCAGACCCUCAGAGCCUAAGGUUCAAAUGAAAUUUGAUCAAUCAAACCACCUUCUAAGUGAUAAUUUGCAGGUGCUUGAGGAGGUACUUAAGACACCUUUGUCUCCAGCAUUAUGUACACUUUAUGGUCCUUGGCUUGAACAUAAACUUCAACUUGGACAAACUCAUCUUAUCAUCAAACUUGCUGAGACUAUAAACGACAUCCCAGAGUCGGUUAUUUCUGUAUGUCCAAGCACGGAUGAAAAAAAGUUUGUUGCAGGUGGAAUGAUAAUAGACCUGGAUACUGAAGAUGUCAGAGAUUUCAGUCAUUUAAGUAAGAUAUAUGGUGCCACACGAGAAUGUCAUCAGAGUACAGAGACUCCAGGCCUUCAUACCUUGCAUAAGCACAUGACCUUACCCCAGGUCAAGGAUGUCAUCUUGAAAGAAGCACAAAAUAAGUUGAACAUUUUCAUGGAUAAUCUGAAAGCAAACCAUGGUUCUGAAUUUGCCAGCUUUCCUCCUGCUGCUCUGGAGAUGGUCAUUGAUGCCAAGCUUCAGUCUGCAGCAAUAGCUUUCCAAAGGUUGCAGCUGGCGUUCAGUGCUGCCAUUGCUUUAUCUGCUCUUCAGCUCUUAAGAAGAGCCAGAGUUCUGAUGAAACACAGGCAAGACCGUAGAACAGAUUCAGCACCAGGUCUUAGAAAUGCAUUGAAAGUCACCCAAAAUGAAAACCAUAUAAAUAAAGACCUCUAUCAGGAAACUUGGAAUAUGGAAGCACGUGUACGUUUGCAUAUGGGCCUUUGGCUGAAAUGUCGAUUGGCUAUGGUGACUGCUCUGACUGCUCAGAUAUAUUCCACAGGACUAAAGAAAGAGUGUUUUCUGGAUACCUCUCUGCUCUGUGAAGAGGGGAUAAAAGAAGCAAAAGACUAUGGUGAUGUUGAGACACAGGCUGAGUUUAUGCUGCAGGAAGUUCUGCUGGAUUUCCAACUAGGGCAUAUUAAGGAUCACAGGACAUAUUUGCAGAAUAUAGUUGACUUACUGACUCAAAGACAGUUUAAUUCAUCCAGUGCUCAUCUAGUUCUUGUCAAAGCCAUGCUUCAGUUGACUGACUUAAAUACAGUGGAAUGGAUAUGCACUGUAGAAAGUGCUGUCAUGCAGGAGAAGAUGAACAUUUGUCUCUCAGUCCAGACGUUAAUUCUUGACCAGCUUGUUUUACUGGGUGAAACUGCAAAGCAUAAGUCUGAUGGGGAUAUUUAUUCCUGUCUGGCAGUCCCAUUGAAAAAUAUUUAUCUUCCACAUAUUAUUCUGAUUGCAAAAAUUAAACUACAAUUAGGAAAUAUUGCCGCACAACUGGCAACAUGCUCAGCCACAAGAAGAGAAUCAAUGUGGCAGGAAGCACUUUCCACUUACAGCACAGGUCUUGAGCUUUGUAGAGAAGCAGUAUCGCGAGAACCUGAUCUAGAGGCAGACUUCCUGUUUCAGAAAGGAAAAGUACUACGCCAGUUGACUGAAAUAUGUUCUGGAAAAAGCCUUGAAGCUGCUAAUUUUUUGAUUGAAGCCAUCAAUGUUUCUUUGUUUCAUGGGCAAAAUACCUGGCUGAUAAGGCAGGCAUAUUUGGAACUUGUCUUGUUAUAUUUCCACCUUUCUGACGAAGAUGACAAAGAAACUGAGAACAGCCUUAGACACAACCAACUGGAUAACAAACUGGCUGUGAAAUCAGGAUUACUGUUAAUUCCGAAACAGACCAAAAGAAAGAUAACUGGCCAAGGAAGAUUGAAAGAAAUAUUACAGGUUAUUUUAAAACAGCCCUCGAAAUGUAAAAUCCUGGCAUGGGUUGCAAUCAGGGCUGCAAAUCAGGCCAACUGUAUCCUGCACAGUUCCAAGAAACUAACAAGGGACAAUUCAGUUAGGGAAGAAGACAUGGUAAAUAUUGUCCAAAAUGAAUUGCAUGAGUUUAUACUUCUGGACAUUUUAGCAUCACAUCAAGAUUACCAAACUGAAAAUGAUGAAUUGUUGCCAAGCUUAACUACCAUUCAAGGAGAGAAAGUGGAAGAAGAAGAAAAGAAAGAGGCGUCAGAAACAACUGAAGCUGCAGAAAUAAUGGCACCAUAUAGAAAGGCUGCAAAGAAAUUGACAUCAGUCCAUCUCCUACGUUACAAUGACCACCUCCGAAGACUAUAUAACAACAAUCUGCUUUCAGUGCAAAGUGAAAAUGAGAAUGCUGAACCUCUUGCUUGCGUGACUCACUCCACUGAACCAAAAAUGCACGAAGAUUUGUGGAAGCAUGUACUGAAUAGUGCUAGAGAAGGAAUUCAAACACCAGUUUUCAACACGGGGAUUUUGAAACGUCUGAAACAAAUACAUCCAUUUUUAAUCAGACACCUACCAGAAUAUAGAACUUACUGCAGUAUCGAGAAUAUUCCUAUAAUCCUAUAUGAAUUAUUCGACCGGAGUUUUAGAGGCUCAGAUUUCCAACCCGAGAUUUACACAAGUGUCUUUGGAGAAUAUAUGUUAACAACACCAGAGAGCAGUUACUUCGGUAAAAUCACACCUCAGAACAGUAUGGCAGUAAAGACUACAGACAAAGAGCUUCGUGUUCAAUGGUACCUGCCGCCUUUGGGAGUUUCUUCAACUAGCUGUGAAACCCAGAAGGUUUUAUUUUUGUAUGCCUACAAUAUUAAAGCGAUUACACUGAUCAGCAUCAAGACCAGCACCUUGACUAAUGCCUUCUGUGGUUACAAGUGGGUCUAUUUAAAAAGACUAGUUUUGCUGCACAAGAAGCUCUCUGCAUUAAGGUCAAAGGCUGAUAUGUACUUGCAACCGGAAUUUAAAACUCCUUUGAUGCAGUUUGGCAUUCACAGGCUGGGACAAAGGUACACUCAAACAGAGUCUGGACUGAAUAUUAGAAAGCUACCAACACAGAUAGAAGAGAUGGUUAUAAACUUAUGCAGAGAAAUCAAGGAACUGUUUCUUCCUGGAUCAGUCAUCAAACCAGAAACAGAGGUUCCCUUUGAUAUUACCACCAAGACCCUUGAAGAACUGGAAAAUCUAUUUAAUCCUUUGGCUGGAUAUGUAUUAAAGCAUGGGAGUCUGUUUACCUGGUUGACUUCUUUCAUCGAAUCAGACUGAACUAUUGAAUAACAACCAUUGGCAACUACCAGCUGAUUGCGAUUCUUUUAGAAUAUUCAUUUACUUUUCUCUCUUUAUUUUUAUUAUACUUUAAUAUUGUGUCCAUCAAUUAACAGUGAACGUUCAACUGGAAUUUUAUCGUUUUGAACAUGUUGGCAUUGUUUUAAACCAAUUUUACUUUUCAAACUACUGAUAAUUUGUCAAAGCAUGUUUCCAACUGAUAUUAUUUUGUGGUCUUUAAAUUUUGCUCUACGAAGACAUUUCUAAUCCACAUUUUCU